GUGUUUACAUGUGUGCGGUUUUGAGAGAGUUGUGCUCAGAUGUAUUAAACACUUCGCCAUGAAUACCGGAAACUGUCUCUUUUUGUUUCAAAGUAAAAGCAUGACAGUUUAAAGUGCUGCUGACAGAGAAUCCAAAGCAAACUUAGGUCUAAAAAUAGUUUUAACUUCUUUGUAGGGUUGGAUUUUUUUUUGUUUGUUUUCUUUGUAUUACCCAGAACACUAAAUAUGUUUUCCCCAAUUCUCAUUCAAUUUAACUACGAUAAGAACGUAAAAUAACAUAUUCGUCCAUCUGUCCGUCUAUCCAUUUAUCCAUCUGUUUUCUUAACCCACUGUAUCCUUUUCAGGGUCACGGGUUGCCAGAGCCUGUCUCGGCUACUUUUGAGCAAAGGCAGGGUACACACUGGACAGGUUGUUAGUCCAGUUCAGGCCUAAGUAACCUAUCUCAAAUCAAAUUUUUAUUAAUUGAAAGAGCUUUCAAGACAAAAAGAAGGGACGGAAAAUAGAGGUUGGCUGAUUUCACUGUACUGAAAAAAAAACAUCAAAAAUGAAACAGCUACAUUAAUAAGAGUCAAUGUAAAGAAAAAAAAAACACAUUACCAGGUGUAUGUGUGUGAUAAAUUUACAAGGUACACACAGAUGUUUACAAAGUAUUGAUAUGAAGUAUUUAGUUAUAUAAUAAUAAUAAUAAUAAUAAUAAUAAUAAUAAUAAUAAUAAUAAUAAUAAUAAUAAUAUAAAAGGUAAACAUGUAUUUUAUUUUGAAGUGCCCAACCGGAUGUGGCUCUUUGCCGCCUUGCUAGCUUUCCAGUGUCCACUCAGUUCUGAAAAACGCGAGCAGUUCGUGUCCAGCUCCACUCUGAAGUUAAGCACUUCCAUUGAGUGCAACCGAGAGGGUCUAAAAGGAAGACAGCUUGGAGUUUUUAUUUUAUCUUAUUUUAUUUUUUGGGUACAUGUACUGGCCAAAGAACGCGUUUGUGGGCUAGGACAUUUUCACUCUUGGAUCCAGGUUUUACCCAGCAUACUUUAAAAAACACAACUGUCUCGGAAUGUUCACUUGCUGUUGAAGUGAGAGAAAAAGAGGGGCAUAAAGAGAGUUUGAAGGUCUGCUCUCCAGAAUGAGUCUGUGCAAUGCUCAAAAGACCUGUACGAGGGUUUCCAAGACUUCCAGAAGCUGAAGAAAGAGUAUCAGUAACAGUACGAGUGACCACUCCAAAGAGCCACCAUGGCCCUGGUUCAGGCGCUGCCUGUUUCUGCUGAGCCCCACACUCCCGUCCACAGCGGAGGAGCUCGCAGACGCCACCGUUCGGGCCCUUCCCCUCCAAUCAACCUCCCACAUCCAACUCUAAAUUCCAUGGGUUCAGUCGGCAGCCUCGUCCCAGCUCACCCCGGCCCCUACCAGGACCACCGUUCUGGGGUUGAGCCGGGCGCCAGGGUCCGGCGGCCUAUGCCCGGAGUUCCAUGCUUGGGGCCCGAGUCACCCCAAGACAUGGCACUGCAGAGCCUCCCACCUCUGAAGAUACAAAGCUCCUCAGCUUCUAGCAGAGGGCUGGAGAAGGACAGUGGCAAUGGGAACUAUACUUACUUAAAUGAGGACUAUGUCGAUGACUGGAAUGACAACUAUAUUACAACUACCAUUCUGGGAGGGGAUGCCGAUGAGAAUCAAGAAGAGUUGGGGUUAAAUGGAAAUAUGGGGGGACCGCCACCAAAACUGAUCCCGGAAUCAGGAAAACUUGAAAGGAACAUGGAGAAAACAGUGCUGCGCCCCACUGCCUUCAAGCCCGUCGUUCCCAAGAACCGCUCCUCCAUGCAGUACCUCUCCCCCCGCCAUUGUGCAAACGCAUUAGAAAGCCAAAACAACCUGAACCUGCUCAGCCCCACCCACAUAGACGUGUCCCCCUCGUGCUCGGAGAAACGCAGCUCCUUCAGCGGCGGCCGGAACGUCAGCAGCAGCAGCAGCCAGUCCUGCUCAUUGUCUGACUCUGGACGGAACUCCCUCUCCAGUCUGCCUCCCUACAAUGGGGCCAACUACAACAUGGCAACAGGAGACGUUCCUGCCAGCCACCUGGAGGCCGCCAAGGGCGUUCCACUUGUUGGUGCACACGGACACUCAAAUUCGGACAGUGGGCGUUCCUCCUCUAGUAAGAGCACGGGCUCUGGCUCCUUGAGCGGCCGGGGGCAGCCGCUGUCAGACAGUGGGUCCAGUGGGCGUUCUCCAGCUCCUGUGGAAGGUUAUGAAGGGGUGGUGAGGGACCUCGAGGACAAACUGAGAGAGAGAGAGCUGGAGCUGCAGCAGCUGAAAGACAACCUGGAUGAGAAUGAAGCUGCCAUCUGUCAGGUUUACGAGGAGAAGCAGAAGCGCUUUGAGUUGGAGCUGGAGGAGCUGAGGCAGAGCUGCGCCACCAGGAUGCAGGUAGCAUCUCAGAAGGCCCAGCGUGCUCAGCAGGUGCUUCAGCUGCAGGUUUAUCAGCUCCAGCAGGAGAAGAAGAAGUUGCAGGAGGACUUUGCUCAGCUUCUGAAAGAGCGGGAACAGCUGGAGGAGCGGUGCUCCUCCUACGAGCACGAGAAGAUCCAGCUGGGACCUCGGCUCGAAGAGACAAAGUGGGAGGUGUGUCAGAAGUCUGGGGAAAUCUCCCUGCUGAAGCAGCAGCUGAAGGAGGUGCAGAACGAGCUUGCCCAGCGGGUGGGGGAAAUCGUCUCGCUGCGGGGUCAACUCCGAGAGACCCGCGGAGAGCUCACUAACACGCAGGUGCUCCUCCAGGAGGCCCACGGCACCACUCGGACACGGACCAUGGAGCUGGAAGUGUGCGAAAACGAGCUCCAGCGGCGCAAAAGCGAAGCCGAGCUACUCAGAGAAAAGGUCGGAUGCCUGGAGGGAGAGCUGGCUCAUCUCAAGGAGACCGUGGCCAGCCAGGGUCCAGGAAACAGACAGUGUCAGGUGUUCCAGGACGCCGAGGAGCAGCUGCUGGCGUACGAAAGCGAUGAGGCGAAGGCCCAGCGGAAGAGCGAGGUGGAAAGCCAGCAGAAUAUGAAGGCCCAGAUGGACCGGAUGAGAUCUGAACUGGCCUACGAGUGCAAGAAGGUGGAGCAGCAAGCGGCGAGCUUUGAGCAUGAGCGCCGGAUAUGGCAGGAGGAGAAGGACAAAGUCAUCCGCUACCAGAAACAGCUGCAGGAGAACUAUGUGCAGAUGUACCGGAGGAACAGGGAGCUGGAGCAGCACCUGCAGGAGCUCAGCCUGGAACUGGAGAGCAGAGAGGAGGACGAGGGCAGCGGCAAUGAGAUCAACUUUGAUGACGUUGCAGCCACGGAGAUCUGACCCGCACAUGCUCAUUUCACUUCUUUUAUUUGCACUACCAGUGUGAACGGUUUCUGUGAAGUCUUUUAUCUGUACAAGUCUCUGUGACUGCUGUCGCUCUUGAAAGCCAUCGGCCUUUAACAGCCACCCGCCCCACCGCUUCUCGGCCCAUUCAUCAACGCCUGCGUUGGCGAGCGCACUGACCGACCUGUCCUGGUGGAUUUCACUUAAGAUGUGUGAGUAAGUUCACACAAACUUUUUGCUCUCCUACUGUUUUCCCCGCAGCGCCGGUCAUGACUCCACCCUCCCGCUGAGUUUAACACCGCUCUCCCACUGGAGGCCACCCACGCUUGUCGUCAGCUUUCAGUGAAUGUGGGAAAGCACACGCUCAGCAUGUCACGGUAGGCUUCGUAACCCAGAGUCUGUGAACGAGUUGAUGUGCUGUCGCACUCAAACAGGUCUUUAUGUCAAUUCCAGUAUGACCAAAUUAAAAGGUUAAAAACUUUGGAGACGACCCGAAAUAUAGUUUUACAACUAAAACAUUAAGUUCUUCAGAUGUGCUGGAACACGAAUGCUUAAUUAAAAGAACAUCUUUGUAAAUUUUAUCAUAUUAAUUAUCAAUAAUUGAACAGCACUUUUCCCAAAUGUAUUCAUCAUUGAGCCAUGUUCAAAGCAUCGGUCAACACAUCACUAAUAACCUGAGGUUCUUUAUAUUUUACCUUGAAAACUUCAGAUUUACGCUUUGAUGUAUUGAAGUAUCUUACUACCAUUUUCCUAAUAUCUCCAUAUAAAGUAUUCUGUAUUUAUGGGUUUUACACUUAAACCUAAAAGCUUCUGUGGCAUUUUUCCUAAAAAUUACUACUGCACUACAUCUGUCAGACACAUGAAGGAAGUCCAUCUAAUGAAGAAUCUUUGCCACCGACUAGAUCAUGAAGUGCAGCACUGUUGACUUUACUCAUCAAAAUAAAAGCAUAUCCACUGUGAAUAGACCAAAGCAAUAUCCCACACAUUCUAUUUUGCUUGUAAGGUUAUAAUUACUGUAUAAUAACAUUUGUGUGGACGUUUAUUUUGAUUUCUUUGCAUAAUUUUAUAAUCCUCAAUAUUUGUAUGAAGACAUCAAAUGCAUAUUUUCAUGCUGUACAAGUUCUUGAACAAACCCACUGUGGUUUUAUUAAUAAAAAAGAUAAACUUCA